GUCAAAUCAUCAUCGUUUUGGCAUGGCAUUAAAAAAAUGGACUACUCUGUGUGAAUCCGUUUCCUUCCGUCCUUCCUAAUCGCGUCGGAAAUUCCUCGCCCAAAGAGUCCACCGCCGUCGCGACAUUCGACCAAAAUCAGGCACCAGAUCGCAAUCACCGUCUUCAACGCUCCAAUUCUUAAGUCCUCCAAAACAAAAUCAUGAUUUUUUUUUGCAAAAAUUUAACGAGUUUUAGGUAUAUAUCCAAGGAAAUUAUGGAGAAAUGCAAUGCUACAGUCCUCUUUAUUAGUGCUAUGACGAUUGUUACAAUUAGGGUUCUUUUUGUCAUAUACCGGAGCAGAAAGCCACUCCGAUCCAGAUUGCCACGGCCCCUCCGGACGCUCAUUGUGUUAGGUUCAGGUGGCCACACGGCAGAGAUGAUGAACUUGUUAUCUGUUCUUCAAGAAGACAUGUUUAAGCCAAGGUUUUACAUUGCUGCUGCAACUGAUAACAUGAGUCUCCAUAAGGCCAGAGUAUUUGAGGACUCUUUAGUUGAGAAGGCAGGGACGGAAGUGGUUCGAACACCUCAAUUCAUGCAAAUAUAUAGAAGCCGGGAGGUUGGCCAAUCAUACAUCACAUCUGUUGCUACAACCUUAAUUGCUUUGGCUCAUGGUUUGUGGUUAAUGAUCAAAAUCAGACCUGAAGUGGUUCUCUGCAAUGGCCCUGGAACUUGUAUACCACUGUGUGUGAUAGCAUUUUUCUUUAAGGUACUUGGAAUCAGGUGGUCAUCUAUAUUUUAUGUAGAGAGUAUUGCAAGAGUGAGAAGGCUAUCUUUGAGUGGGUUGGUCCUUUACAAACUACAGAUGGCUGAUCAAUUAUUUGUUCAAUGGCCAAAAUUGAAAAACAAAUAUCCUCAAGCUCAUUAUGUGGGGCGUCUUAUGUGACUCAUAUGUGGCUCGAGUCCUCAAAUUUUGGUACUUGACCUUCCUAAAAUAUCAUAUUGACAAGGUUUUAGGAAAAAACAAGCUCCAAAUCGCAUCUUAUAUUCACGGGAAGAGCAAUGCUAACAUACCAUCUUGCAAGGUUAUUUUUGUAACUUCAUUUACAUGUACAAUACAAAUGGCUUUGGCCU